UUCAUUGACACUAUGACAACGAAUAAUUUUCUGUUUUAAUUUGUGUUUUCUACACACAUUUUUCUUCCAAACUUUUAUUUUUGUGAUUUAUUUUUAUUAAACCCUAGUCCUAAGUAGGUUUUAAACAAAAGUCUAAGUAUAAUAAGUAAAGGUGUUUAUUUACAAACUUAAUUUAAAAUGAUAAGAGCUAACACUAUUAUUUUCAAAAAUAAUUCUGUGUGUCCAAAGUUUAACCAGCAAAGAAACUUUAAUAAAAAUGUUAAAGAUGUUGAGUAUCAAUAUUUACAAAGAAGCAAGUUGCCGACAAUGCAUUUCCAGAAAUCACUGCCGCGGUUGCCAAUACCAGAUCUUUCCAAGACAGGCGAGAGAUAUUUGAAAGCGUUAAGACCUUUACUGAAUGAUAACCAGUAUGAGGAAGCUCAGCAGCGCACUGGCAAUUUCAUAGCCAAGGAAGGAAAAAUUCUUCAAGAGAAACUUAUAGCAAAAGAUAAAAGAAACAAGCAUACCAGCUACAUUUCGGAAUAUUGGUUUGAUCUUUAUUUACGCGACAGAGUACCACUUCCUAUAAAUUAUAACCCAAUGAUAGUGUUCCAAAAUGAUGUCAGACCAGAGUAUAAUGAUCAGCUCAUCAGGUCUGCAAACAUUCUGAUAAGUUCUGUAAGGUUCAUGUUGUCACUGAGAGAACAGAUUCUGGAACCAGAGGUGUACCAUAUGAAUCCUAAAAAAAGUGACACACCAUUGUUCAGGAAUUUCACAAGGAUGCUGCCUGAAGCUAUUUCAUGGUAUGGUGCCUACUUAAUGAAAGUAUUUCCUCUAGACAUGAGCCAGUUUGUGGGUUUAUUUGGUGCCACUCGCUUGCCCAGACAGACUAAAGAUGAGAUCUUCAGGGAUCCUAAAAGCAAACAUGUAGUUGUUCAAAAACAGGGAAACUUUUAUGUAUUUGAUGUUUUAGAUGCAAAUGGUAACCUCUUGUCACCUCAGGAAAUACUGGGCAACUUGGCCCAAAUCAUGAAUGACAAUACUACAGCUGCUGAACAUCCAUUGGGAAUUUUAACUACUCAAAACCGGGAUGUAUGGGCAAAACAAAGGACUCAUUUAGAGUCAACUGGGAACAGUGAAGUCCUGAAUAAGAUAGACUCAGCAAUAUUCAAUUUAAUUUUAGAUGAUGAUACUAUUAAUGAUGAUAAAAGAGUUCUCUUGAAGAAAUACCUACAUAGUGAUGGGUUAAACAGGUGGUUUGACAAGUCAUUCAGCCUUAUUGUAACUCGAGAUGGGGUAGCCGGUGUGAACUUCGAACAUUCCUGGGGAGAUGGCGUGGCGGUACUCAGAUUCUUCCAAGACAUAUACGCCGAAACUACGAAAAAACCUUUCAUUCAUCCAGAUUCCAAGCCAGCAGAUAGUAACAUUAGUGUACAGAAAUUAGAAUUUAAAUUGGAUGACAAAUCGAAGCAAUUUAUUGAUAACGCCAAGAAAGAAUACAAGGCGUGGUGCGACUCGCUCAGCAUAGACUACAUUUUGUAUGAAGGUCUUAAUAAAGCGGCUUGUAAGAAAUUCAAAGUUAGCCCUGACUGCAUUAUGCAACUUUCAUUCCAGGCAGCUCAUCAUUUAUUAAAGGGUAACUUUGUGGGUACAUACGAGUCUUGCAGCACUUCGGCCUUCAAACAUGGAAGGACGGAAACCAUGCGGCCUUGCACGGAUAAAACUAAGGCAUUUUGUGAAACCCUGCAUUCGAAUAACACUUCAAUAGACGAACUUCGCGCUAAACUGACUGAAUGCUCCAAACUUCACUUAGAACUGGUCAAAGACGCAGCUAUGGGCCAAGGCUUCGACCGUCAUAUGUUUGCCUUAAUGAAGAUGGCCGAAGAUAACAAUGUGCCUAGGCCAGAGAUAUUUGACUCUUACGAGUAUAAAUUCUUGAAUAAGUCCAUUCUAAGCACAAGUACGCUGUCGUCACCUAGUGUCAUGGCGGGAGGAUUUGGACCUGUUGUCAAAGAAGGUUUUGGCAUUGCAUAUUCCGCAUUCCCUGACAAGUUGGGGGCAGCAGUGGCCAGUUAUAAACCCCACAACGAUAGCUCUCAGUACAUCGAGGCUCUGCACAAAUCGUUCUUAGACAUUACCAAAAUACUGUCAGGAUAAUCUAUGUAUAUUUUAUUUAACUUCAUUUACAUUUCUGUUGCAUUUCUUGUUAAAUUAUUUUUAAUUUUGUUAUGUAAAACACCAGGAUUUACACUGGGAUCAAUAAGAAUAAGGAAAAGAUUAUUUUUAUUUCAAACAUUAACUUUGUAUUCAUAUUGGUGCUUUUAAUAUUUUUUUACAGCUUUUUAUUCCAUAUUUGCAAAUAAGUGUAAGCGUAACCAUUAUUUAUUUUCUUUAAAUGCAUUUUAAAAACCAUAAAAAAUAUUUGCUAGGCUUAUUGUUCAUUAUUUACGCUUUAAUAUAAUAGUAAACUAAGCAUACUAAGUAAAUAUGGAGAGUUGUUAAUAUUUUUAUAUAAUGGUUUAUUACUAAUUAAGGAGGAAUGUAUAGUUUGGUGAGCACAACAAUGCAGAAACGAGACUUGCAAUCAAUGAUACGUAUAAAUCGUAAACGUCCUUAUAAGUGCUUUAUUGUGCAAUGUAUAACAGUGCCUUAUAUUAUACCUAAAUGAAAUUACCUUAAGUAAAAUUUAAAAUUACUUAUGUAAGAAAAUAUAUUUUGUUAUUUUAUUCUAGCGUGGCACGUGGAGCAACUUUUUAUAGCAUACAUUGGGAUAAAUACAUAGACAUACCUACGCCCACAUCGUACUCGUGCAAACGAACCUUAAGUAUUAUGUAUGUAGGUUAACCUUUGGUCUAAAAAACACGUGUCAACCUCACGGGCUUCGAACAAGGAUUUUGCUCGUACAAAUCAUUGAAUGAUGCAAUGCAACUUAGAUAUGCAAUUUAUGGCUUCUUAUAAUAAUCUCAUUACAAUGCGCGAACUUGUUACGUUUUUGCAUUUUUUAUAUUUGUAUUCCGCACAUGAUGUGAGUGUUAUAAUGUAUUUAAUAUGUGGUGAAUAUGAAAUAAACAGGGAUAUUUUACUGCCAA